AUGGGAGGUGGUGCUUGGAGCGGUGGUGCUCGGAGCGGUGGUGGUGGUGGUGGUGGUGGUGGUGGUGGUGGUGGUGGUGGUGGUGGUGGUGGUGGUGGUGGUGGUGGUGGUGGUGGUGGUGGUGGUGGUGGUGGUGGUGGUGGUGGUGGUGGUGGUGGUGGUGGUGGUGGUGGUGGUGGUGGUGGUGGUGGUGGUGGUGGUGGUGGUGGUGGUGGUGGUGGUGGUGGUGGUGGUGGUGGUGGUGGUGGUGGUGGUGGUGCCCGGGCUAUUGGAACAUGCCUGAAGUAUUCCUAA